AUGGCGGUCGACAGCCGAGGACUCGAGCUCCAGGCCGUCGCCUGGACGCUGCUUGUGACGGCCAUCGUCUCCAUUUCGCUGCGGAUUUACGUCCGAGGCUUUAUUGUCAAGAACUUCGGCGUCGAUGACUGGAGCAUGGUUGCCGCGAUAGCAUCGUUUAUCCUUUUCGUCACUUGCGCCCUGCUUGGUGUUCGCUAUGGCACCGGCCGUCAUCACAGGGACCUCAAGCUGGAGGACCAGGUAAAGGCGCUAAAGUACUGGUGGUUCUGCUAUCUCUGGUACUGCCUCACCAUGAUCGCCUCCAAAAUCUCCAUUGGAUAUUUUCUCCUGCGCAUCACGGUCCGGAAAAUCGACAUCUGGAUCAUCUACGGCGUCAUGAUGAUCACAGUCCUUACCGGAGUCGUCUUUUUCUUCGUCACACUCCUACAGUGCAUUCCCAUCUCCUACUUCUGGGACAGGGGCCAACCCGGGAAGUGCAUCAGCAUCGAUGUCAUCAUCGCCCUGACCUAUCUCUACAGCGUCUUCAGCGUCAUCUGCGACUUUACCUUUGCCAUCCUCCCCGUCUUUCUCAUCUGGAUGCUGAACAUGGGCCGCAAGACCAAGAUUGCCCUCAUCCCCAUCGUCCUCAUGGCCUGCGUGGCUAGCUGUGCCGUCGUCGUCCGGUUCGCCUACGUCAAGGACUUCAAGAACCCAGACUUCUUAUGGGCAACCAUAGACAUCGCUAUCUGGUCAACCACCGAGCAGGGUCUCGCCAUCACAGCCGGUAGCCUCGCGACCCUCCGUCCUCUCUUCCGUCUCGCCGCUUCUCGUCUGGGCCUCUCCAACAGCGCGCCCUCAGGCAUCGUGGGAUCUGGCCAGCGCGUCCCCUCGGCCCACCGGGACUGGGACCAGAACGCAUGCAAAGGCAGCCGCCGCCACCCCGGACCCUUCAGCUUGACGACUCUCAUGUACCGAGACGAAGAGCACGCUGAAGUCGAGCCCAGCGAGAGUGCCGACUCGGAGCCCGGGCAACCGACCAAUGCGCUGGACAAGAAGCGCGCUUCGUUGUGGAAGUCGAGCCGCGGUGAUGCCGGCGAUAGCGAGGAGGAGCUGACCGAGGAUUCGCCGAAGCAGGCCACCUGGGAUGAUCGGCAGGUCAAGGUCUUGACCACCCGCGGCCCCGACGGUAAUGUUUGA